CCCUUUUGGCGGGCUCCGGCGCUCCGAGACUCCGCCCGCUGGCGCCGUCUAUCCGCACCCGCGGAGGCGGGCGCCGCGUCUUCAUUGGCGGAGCGCUCCGUGAUGGCCCCGCCCCCUCCAGGCCCCGACGCCAGCACGUUGAGUGGCGGGGGCCGGCUGAAGAACUGCCCGAGCGAGGAGCGGCUCCCGGGGCCGGGAGGCACGGUUGGGGCGCCCGCUUUAGGGCCCCCGAGAGGCUGCUGGGCGGGGAUAGCGGCCCGCGGCCACGGGGGGAAGGGGGUCGGUGGGCUGAGAGCAGCUUGGCGGCGAGGCCGGCCUGCCGCCCCUUCCCCCCACCCCCGUCGACCUUGUCGGCCGAAGCUUCCCGGAGCUCCUCACGCCGGCGAGAUGGCGACUGCUGCGGAGGCGGAGGUCUCUCCGCCGACGGACGCGAACUGGGAAAGUGGCGGCGGCGGCGGAGACGACGAGAUGAAGCAGACGCUUCCGGAGCUUGAGUCCUCCCCACAAAAUGGCGGCGGCCUCAGCAUCGCGGAGCCCGGCGGCGGCGCCGGGCCUGAGGAGACCGCGGCUUCCGAGGCCGCCCCGAGCCUCUGCCACGAGCAGCCUCAGGACUCCUCUGAGGCGGGCGCGGCUGCACUGCCCAAAGGCCCCGAAGAGCCCGAAAGACCCAUUAGGAGGAGUUUUCAGAUCCCCAGGAAGAGCAGAGAAAAGAAAGCACUUUUUCAGCCAUUAACUCCAGGCUCUCGGGAAUUUGAAGAUGUUUUAAAUAUUCUCCACUCAUCUUACCUUGAACCAACUUCAGUAGCAAAUUUUAACUACAGGCGUGCUUGCUUGAUACAUAACGAACUUUUGGAAAAGGAGUUUACAGAAAAGCGAAGAGAACUGAAGUUUGAUGGUCGUUUAGAUAAAGAACUUUCAGAAUCCUAUGCAUUUCUGAUGGUUGAUCGGUAUAAAGUUCAGAGCAUAUGUGAAAAAGGACUACAGGUGGGCCAGUCCAAAAUAACAAUUCUUGGCAAUCCUUCCAUGGGUGUCUAUCUUUCUAGGUAUGCUGAUUUACUACAAGCUAAUCCUUUGGAAGCUGGGGCAGUGGGUGAUGUGGUUAUUUUUAAAAUAAUGAAGGGUAAAAUAAAGAGUGUAUAUGACCCCAUGGGUGUAAAAAGUUCAGAAUCUGUAUUAAAUAAAAGUGCUUCGGACCCAACACCAAAGCAUGAAUGUCAUGUGUCGAAGAAUGUUAAUAGAAUUACAUCACUUCUGGCUUACAGAGCCUAUGAGCUCACUCAGUAUUAUUUUUAUGAGUAUGUCUUUGAUGAGCCAAGGCGAAGACCAAGACACGUGUGUCCAUAUGCAGUUGUGUCUUUUGCUUAUAAAGACGAUAUUCAAACUCAGAAGUUCGUACCUUCAUCAAGAUCUAACAGCUUUAAUGCAGAUAGAAACGCAGAUAAAUUUAACUACACGUUGUGGAAAGGACAGCUUUUAAAUAAAGGAAAGCUUUUGUGUUAUAUUUCUCUGAGGUCAGCCACUCGUGCUUUUUUGCCUGUCAAGCUUCCUGAGAAGUUAGAUGUUGAAACAGUUAUGAGUAUGGAUCAACUGAAACAGAAAAUCCCUCCAGCACUAUUUUAUAAAGAAACUUACUUUGGUCCAAAUGAAGUUUUGAAGAAUGGAAUGUAUUGCAGCCUUUAUGAAGUUGUAGAAAAGACAAGGAUUGGAAGUAACAUGGAGAGUUUGCUGCAGAAACUAGAGAAGGAGAAACUUGUUCUUGUUAAACCUUUGGGAGACCGAGGAUACCUUUUUCUUCUCUCUCCUUAUCAAAUGGUUCCUCCAUAUGAACAUCAAACUGCUAAGCCUCGAGUUUUACAUGCUUUGUUUCUAUUUCAAGAACCUAGAGGAAUAGUUCCUUCACAAAAGGGUUCAACCAGUACAACACCUCAGGAGAAACAUGAGAGCAUGUCAGAUGUGUUAAAAAUAACUCAAUUUUUGCAAUUUGCUUUGAUUCAGUGUCGAAAGGAAUUCAAAAAUAUAAAUACUAUAAAUUUUCAUUCUGUUGUUGAGAAGUAUGUAAGUGAAUUUUUUAAGAGAGGUUUUGGUUCAGGUAAACGAGAGUUUAUCAUGUUUCCGUAUGAUUCACGAUUAGAUGAUAAAAAAUUCUUAUAUUCAGCUCCAAAAAAUAAAUCCCAUAUUGAUAAUUGUUUGCAUACCUAUAUUUUUCGACCUGAAAUGUAUCAGUUAUCUAUUUAUAAAUUGAAAGAGCUAUUUGAAGAAAAUAGAAAACUUCAACAGUUUAGUCCACUUUCAGAUUAUGAAGGCCAAGAAGAAGAAAUGAAUGGUACAAAAAUGAAAUUUGGAAAACGAAAUAACUCAAGGGGUGAAACUAUUUUAUCUGGAAAGCAGAAGUCAUCUCACUCUUUGGAUUAUGAUAAGGACAGAGUCAAAGAAUUGAUUAAUUUAAUUCAGUGUAAGAAAAAAAACGUGGGUGGGGACUCAGACACAGAAGAUAUGAGAAGCAAAACUGUGAAGAGGAAGCUUGAGGAUCUACCUGAAAAUACGAGAAAGCUUGCCAAAACCAGUAAUUUAACUGAAAAUUGCCAUCUGUAUGAAGAGUCCCCACAGCCUGUCGGCUCACUUGGGCAUGAAGCUGACUUGAGACGGCAGCAGCAGGAUACCUCUAACUCUGGCGUUGCUGACAUCCAUAGGCUGUUUAAUUGGCUGUCAGAAACACUAGCAAAUGCACGUCAUUCUGAUGCAUCCCUGACAGACACAGUCAACAAGGCCUUAGGAUUGAGCUCUGAUGAUGCCUAUGAAGAGAUGAGGCAAAAGCAUGAGUAUGAGUUGAGCUCUACCCUGGAUAAGAAAGAAUAUGAGCAGCCUCCUGGUGCAAAAAUCGAAAAUGCACGUUUUAAGGAUACUCAGAGCCCGUUGCUAGACGUUGAUCCAUCAUCGUUAAAGUAUCCUGUUGGUGUUUCUACCAGUGAAGUAGGCACUGACCAUAAAUUCCAUUUGAAAGAAGAUCCAAAUUUAAUUAGCAUGAAUAAUUUUGAAGAUUGCAGUUUGUGUCCUACUAUUUCCAUUGAACAUGGAUUCCAUAGACAAUCUAAGUCAAAUAAUGUUGAAGAGACUGAAAUACAUUGGAAACUGAUUCCAAUUACAGGAGGGAAUGCCAGAAGCCCAGAAGACCAGCUGGGAAAACAUGGUGAGAAACAAGCAGCAGACACACUGAAGGGCACCACUGAGGAGGACGUGUUGACAGGUCAGGUGCUGACAGUGGAGGAGCAGUGUGUGCCAGCCCCAGAGCCACCCGCAGCGAGCGAGACCACAGAGAGGACAGUGCUAGGAGAGUAUAAUCUCUUUUCUAGGAAGAUAGAAGAGAUUCUGAAGCAAAAGAAUGUUUCAUAUGUCAGUAGAAUUUCCACACCUGUAUUUUCAACGCAAGAGAAGAUGAAACGGCUUUCUGAGUUCAUAUAUUCUAAGACUUCCAAAGCUGGUGUGCAGGAGUUUGUAGAUGGCUUGCAUGAGAAACUAAAUACUAUUAUUAUCAAAGCAUCAGCCAAGAGUGGGAAUUUGCCACCAGUCAGUCUUAAUGAGUCUUGUCCUAAGAUAGCACUGAGUCCUCUGGGAAGGCAUGUCACUCCAGUUUCCUCAAGCGACUUCAACAGUAAACACCGUCUUGAACUCCUUGGUAGUGACCCUUUGAAAGAUGCCAGCUCUCAGGAGCAGCAUUCCUCAGCUUUGGGUUUAGUUGAAGUAGCGGUGAACCAGCCACAUCAAGCCACAGAGCCAAUGGUGACUUCUGAUCAUACUGUACCUGGUGAUAUUGCCCGGGAACCAGUAGAAAAAGAAACAGCAAAAUCGCCCAAUGAUGUAAACAUUUCUGCCCAGCCAGCUCUUUCAAAUUUUAUAAGCCAGUUAGAACCUGAAGUUUUUAACAGUUUGGUUAAAAUCAUGAAAGAUGUCCAGAAAAAUACUGUGAAAUUUUAUAUUCAUGAAGAAGAAGAGAGUGUUCUCUGUAAAGAAAUAAAGGAGUAUCUUAUCAAAUUAGGCAAUACAGAGUGUCACCCAGAACAGUUUUUGGAAAGAAGAUCAAAAUUAGAUAAACUAUUGAUUAUUAUUCAAAAUGAAGACAUUGCAGGUUUCAUUCACAAGGUACCUUGUUUGGUGAUGUUAAAGAAGCUCCCUUGUGUUAGUUUUGCUGGUGUUGAUAGUCUGGAUGAUGUUAAAAAUCAUACAUACAAUGAAUUAUUUGUAUCUGGAGGUUUUAUUGUUUCUGAUGAAUCCAUUCUAAAUCCAGAAGUAAUCACAAUUGAGAACCUUAAAAAUUUUUUGACAUUCCUCGAAGAACUUAGUACUCCAGAAGGAAAAUGGCAAUGGAAAGUCCACUGUAAAUUUCAGAAAAAACUAAAGGAACUGGGCAGAUUGAAUGCUAAAGCUCUAAGUCUGUUGACGCUACUGAAUGUCUAUCAGAAGAAACAUCUGGUUGAAAUUUUGUCAUAUCACAGUUGUGAUUCACAAACUCGAAAUGCUCCAGAAUUGGAUUGCCUUAUCAGACUUCAGGCUCAGAACAUACAGCACCGGCACAUAGUUUUUUUAACAGAAAAGAGUAUCAAGAUGAUUUCCAGUUACACUGAUAACGGAAUAGUGGUUGCAACUGCUGAAGACUUCAUGCAAAACUUUAAAACCCUUGUGGGCUAUCACAACUCAAUCACAGAGGAAAACCUUCCAUUGCUUGGUGCUAAUGAGAAUCUUGAGUCCCAGUCAGAUGCUGUUUUGACAUUAACCCCUUUGGAGCUGGGAGUUGGGAUUUCCCAACAUUAAACGUGAACACAUUUCGCAGAAGCUUUUAGCAUCGGAUUAUCUGGACAUUCACACCUAGUGUGAGUGUUGUGACUAAGUGAACUUGUGGCAGAAGACCAAGCUUUAAGGGAUUGUGGACUUGCAGACCCUGACGCAUUAUAUUGUGUGAGUAGUGUAUAAUUUUAAAACUUAAACAAAUUGUGUAUUUCAAUAGAGGAGGACUUUUUGUUUUUUAAAUGUAGCUCUUAUAGAAAACGAUGAAAAGGAUGAAGAGGAUAUGUCUCUGGAUUCAGGGGAUGAAAUCUCACAAAUAGAAGUAUGCAGCAAUUUUCAUUCAGAAAUAUUGGAGAAAGAGACCAAAGGAUCACGUGGAACAGAUCAAAAAAAGAAUAUUCAAAUUGAGUUGCAAUCGUCUCUUGACUUGCAAAAAGGUUUAUUAGAAGAUGAGACUUAUCAAAUUGAUUCUGCAGAGAGAGCUUCUAUUGAUAGAGUAUGCUCUGAAGGAGAGAACAGUAAUUCAGUUGAACAAGAUUCAUAUAGCAACUUUCAGGUUUAUCACAGUCGAUUAAAUAUGUCCCAUCAGUUUAGUCAUUUUAAUGUUCUCACUCAUCAGACAUUUUUGGGCACACCAUAUGCCCUUUCAUCAAGUCAGACUCAAGAAAGUGAAAAUGACUUUUUAUCUGCUUAUACUCAAAGCUUGGAUAGAGAGAACUCUCCAUCUCCGUUAAGUUGGUGGAAAAGUGAUUCUUGCAGGCCGUUUUCAAAAGAGAAAUAAUUACAGUAAUUUUUAAAAACAGGUUGUUAUGGACUUUUUCUGUUUCUUAAAAGUGAAUUAACAAUUUAUAUUUCUUUCUCUAAACAAACAAAAGGUUUCCUUUCUCAUGGUUUUUUUUGCCCCUUAUUUAAAUCAUGAUGGCCUGUAACAGUUGAAGCCUCUGAAAAUUGAAAUAAAUAUAUAUAUUUUUAACAUAUAUUGUACUUGAAUUAUCUCAUGUUGGCACUUCUAAGUUUUACACUUUAUAUGUCAUCUGUACUUUGGCUUCAAAUUGAAGCUUGUUUUAUAUAUAAAACUAGGAUAUUUGCAAAAGGAUAGUGCACAGUAGUGGCUUUACUUUUCUUCCUCUAAUGUCAGAUUAUCCCAAAUACUUUUGCUGAAAUGAUGUAUCAACAACUAUUGUAUUUAUUUAAGCUUUUGUAUAGUGUUUUUACACAGGUAUAAGCCAGUGAUGUUAAUAAAUAUUUACAGGAUUUUGGCUCAAUACCUCAGGAUUUAUUGAACAAAGCAAUUUCAUUUAGGUUAUAAAACUAUGUACUUAGGACUUAAUACCAGGCAGCAUUAUUUUUUAUCUUUAGACUUAACCAUGUAAUUGUGCCUGUUACUAAAAUUUUGGUCAAGCUUUAAUUUUUUUCAGUGCUUGUGUGGUCCUUAGACUUAACCAAAUUCAGUUUCAUAUUUCAAAAGAUAGGUUUCUGUUAUUACAGGCAGUUUAUUAACAGUUUGAAACCAACUUUCCUACAGGUUUUUAAAUUGUUAGAAAAAAAUGUAUGUAUAUUUUUCAGGUGGUAAGUAAGCACUUAAGUGCUGUACCAAAGUACAUGGUGGAGAUAAGAAUUUUGAAUCCACAUGUAUUGGUUAAAACAAUGCUUCUUCAUUACUAAUACAAACUUGUAGAUGUUUUUAAAAACUAUAGUUUCUACAAUAAAAGUCAUCAAAGGACUUAAAAAAACUUCCUCAUAAGCCUAAGCUGAAUCUGGGCUAUUUUAGUAAUGUUGUGACAUCAGACCUUCCUUUGGCCACUAAAAGAACUUUAGGUCCUACUCUUCAAACUCUUUUUAUAGAAUAUAAUAGAUAAGUGGUGUUUCAAUUAGUAAGCCUACAUGUAGAGUGUGGAAGAACAUUAUCUGUAAACUCCAGGCUGUGUUAAGGUAAGUAGAUAAAUACCCACAUUGUGACAGAGCAGGUAACUUUUUCUUAACUGAGCUUUUAUGAAACUGUUUUAUUGUUUUAAAUACAUAAUAUACAUACACAGCAUUUUUCUACAUUAUGUACAAGUUUUAAAUAAGCAUUUAAAAAAUAAAUUUAGGCUACCUGUAAAAACAGUUAAGCAACAACCACAUUUUAUAAUUUGGAACACAAAUGAAGGAUUUAAUUUUCUACAUUUAAAACGAAGAACUAAAAUUCUCUUCUUGAUUUGCAGCUAAAGGCAUGAGAUUAGUUUCCAACUCCCUUUGCUUCUGGAGAAGGCCCUGAAAUCACAUUGAUUUGUUAGUAAGGUGUGCAAAUUAACCCUAUUCUAUAUUUACUUUGAAAACAUGUUUUCAAUUUUUAUACCAGACUUUCUCACUCGGAUACUGUACUUACUAUAUAGAUAGAUAGAACUAUUAUAGAUUUGUAACACUGUCUUCAUAUUUUUAGCGUAAAACCAAUAGAGAUGGCCUUCCUUAAAGAGGCGCCACCCCUUACCUUUUCCUCAAAUGUCUUAAAAAGAUCAUGAGUCUCCCUUAACAUCCAGUGUAUGUGCUGACUGCAUUAACCUUAGUGGCUAGCACAAGGCCCUGCUGAAAUAAGACAUGGUCACUAUAUAGGUGAAGGUGUAUGUAUAUUACAUUCUUUCUCUUAACCUCACAACUAUUUGUCUCCUCUAGAGUAUGCUUGUCAUUUUAAAAGGUAAUGUAAGUAAAAUCUGUGUGAAUUACCGAGCUUGAGUUACAAAACUCAAUCCAGGUGUAACCAAUGCUAACGUGUAAAAAAAGCUAAAGGAUUCUUGAUAAUCCUGUAUUAGUGGGGGUGAUUUUCUAGCUUUAUAGAAAAAAAAAAUGUUAACAAACACUUGAAUCAACAACUUAAAAUAGAUGAGGCAUUUGUAAAUGACUGGACACGGAAAAGGUACUCCUAAAACUACAGUUUAUUUGGGGAAAGUAUACUGUGAAUCAGAACUAACUGCAAACGCAGUUUUGUAUGUCAUUAUUUUUUAAAGCACAGCAACAGGUGUUUCUUCAAGGCUACCUGAUAGAGAAAAGUUAUAUAGACUUAAAUAUUGGAUUUUUUAGCUGAGAAAGGUAAUGAGUCACAGUUGGUCUGGGAGAAAAAGUCUGGUAAGACAAUACAUGUAAUUUCACACUGAGUAUAUAGUGCUCUUUGGGUCUUAUGUCAAUGCUCUGUUCUAAACACAGCCAAUACAUUCAUUUUUAAAAACUGUGAACUGCAUUACUAAGAAUUAAACCACAACUGUACUUAUUUUCUGCCUUUGGUUUUCAGGCCUUAUUGAUCAUGCUUUGCCAUUUCAAAUGUAUGCAUUUUCAUUCAAUAAAAUUGUUUUAAUA